AUCUUUUUUGAUAAUUAGACGUGUUAGACCAGCCCUUGUAUUUGAACUGCUGAAAUUUGUCUAUGUUUGAUAACAUUUGUGCAUCUUUUGUUUCAAAGUUGAAGGCUUUUAUAAAUCUUGACUUUCAACUUAUCUUAUGAGACUGGUGGGUCUUAAUCUUUGGUGCUAAUGUUUGUGCUAUUAUAUUCAUGUUGACCAAGUAGUUGUUUGGUUGUCAAUGUUUCUAUAACAACUCUUGUGAUCACCUUCAUUUUCUUUAUCAAAAGUAAGAGCUAGAGUUUUGGUGGGGGUUCCUAGACUUGUAGAUCAAAAGUUGUUAAUUUUGACAUCUAGAAUUUAUACAUUUUUGGGGUGUGGGAAUAAUGGCGAAAACCGAUAGAGAGGAUUGGAGGGAGGUGGUCAGGAAGAUGUUACCUCCUGGGGCUGUUGUCCCAGAAGACGAAGAUGAUCUUGAUUAUUCGAUAGCUAUAGAGUAUAGUGGUCCUCCAGUUUCGUAUGAGCUCCCCAGGAUUGACCCUCUGGAUGUGAAUUCGGGUUCGAUUCCCACUGCAUCUGUAGCAGAUGAAUCAUAUAGAGAAUCUACGAAUUUGGUUACUAGAGAUGUUCCCCCGGUUAUUGAACCAAUUGUUUUGCCAGCGCCUUAUAUUGCUGCUGUUAGUACUUCGGAUACUCGAAGUCAUAGGAUGUCAGGAAGCUCAGAUUCGGAGGUUUCUGUAUUGCAGAAUGGAGAUUCUUCUUCAGCUUCUGCUUCAGUCUCUAUGAGUCCUGUCCGUCAGAGGUCAGUUAAUGAAGUUAGAAGAAUCCCAGUUGUUACUUUUAAUACAGUUGAUAAGUCCAAGAGCAAAGAGUUAGGCCUAAGGGAGCCAGCAUUUCUUGAAUAUGUUGGUGUAACAAAGGAUAAGAAGAAAAAGAAAAGAUCAAAGGGAAGAGUUUGUUAUAGGUGUGGAAAAGCUAAGUGGGAAACAAAGGAGUCUUGUUUGGUUUGUGAUGCAAAGUAUUGCAGCAAUUGCUUACUUAGGGCAAUGGGUUCUAUGCCAGAAGGGCGAAAAUGUGUGACUUGCAUUGGUCAUCCAAUUGAUGAAGCCAAUCGGUCAAAGCUUGGGAAGUCUUCAAGAAUUUUGUCCCGAUUACUCAGCCCGUUGGAAGUUAGGCAGAUAAUGAAGGCAGAGAAAGAAUGUUCAGCUAAUCAGCUGCGGCCAGAGCAGCUGAUGGUGAACGGAUUUCCUCUGAAACCAGAAGAGAUGUCUGAACUUCUUGGAUGCCCUUUGCCACCUCAGAAACUAAAACCUGGUAAAUAUUGGUAUGACAAGGAAUCUGGUCUCUGGGGAAAGGAGGGAGAAAAACCAGAUAGCAUAAUAAGUUCGAACUUAACUUUUAGGGGGAAGCUUAGUCCCGAUGCUAGCAAUGGCAACACUGAGGUUUAUAUGAAUGGAAGAGAAAUUACAAAACUUGAAUUGAAGGUGUUAAAGCUAGCAAAAGUGCAAUGUCCUCGUGAUACUCAUUUUUGGGUUUAUGAUGACGGUCGCUAUGAGGAGGAGGGUCAGAAUAAUAUCAGGGGCAAUAUUUGGGAAAAGGCAUCAACACGGAUUCUUUGCACAUUGUUGUCCUUACCCGUUCCCCGUGGUCAGUCACACGGGCGAGAUGAGCCUAGCAUUUAUUCUACUGGCCCAAACUUUUUAGAGCAGAAAAAAGUUCAGAAGCUUCUCCUAUUUGGGCUUGAAGGUUCAGGCACUAGUACUAUAUUUAAGCAGGCCAAAUUUUUGUACGGCAACAAAUUUGCACCUGAAGAGAUGGAAGGUAUAAAGCUCAUGAUCCAGAGCAACAUGUACAAAUAUCUCAGCAUUUUACUUGACGGACGGGAACGUUUUGAGGAGGAGUUGCUGAUGAGGAAUCAAAACUCUGAAGCAGAUGGAGAGGCUUGUUUGGAGGAGAAUAUUUAUUCCAUCAACCCAAGGUUGAAGAAUUUCUCAGACUGGCUUCUAGACAUUAUAGCUACUGGUGAUUUGGAUGCAUUCUUCCCUGCAGCUACCCGUGAAUAUGCUUCCCUAGUUGAAGAGGUGUGGAAAGAUCCUGCUAUACAAGAAACAUACAGGAGAAAAGAUGAACUUCAUUUCCUUCCAGAUGUUGCAGAGUACUUCCUAAGCCGGGCUGUUGAAAUAUCCAGUAACGAGUAUGAACCUUCAGAAAAAGACAUACUGUAUGCGGAAGGAGUCAGCCAAGGGAAUGGUUUAGCUUUCAUAGAGUUCUCUCUGGAUGAUCAUAGUCCAAUGUCUGUAGCUUACUCAGACAAUUUGGAAGCUCAACUGCCGAUGAGUAGAUAUCAACUUAUUAGAGUGAAUCCCAAGGGCAUGAACGACGGUUACAAAUGGGUAGAAAUGUUUGAAGAUGUGCGUAUAGUUGUUUUCUGUGUUUCUCUGAGUGACUAUGAUCAGACGGGGUUUACCUCUGAGGAUGUUGGAAGUGGGGUUCUUCUUCAGAACAAGAUGAUCGAGAGCAAAGAGCUAUUUGAGAAGAUGGUGAGGCAUCCAUGUUUCAAGGACAUCCCUUUUGUUUUGAUACUUAACAAGUACGACCGCUUUGAGGAGAAGGUCAACCGGGUGCCAAUAAAUGCUUGCGACUGGUUCACUGACUUUAGCCCAGUGCGGCCCUACAGCAACAUAGCUCCCCAGGCUUACUACUAUAUUGCAAUGAAGUUCAAAGAACUGUAUGCUUCUUUAACUGCUCAGAAACUUUUUGUUUGGCAAGCCAAGGCAAGGGAUCGUGUAACAGUAGAUGAUGCAUUCAAGUAUGUAAGGGAGGUGAUUAGGUGGAAUGAUGAGAAGGAAGAGAAUUAUUUGAACAAUGCAGAUGAUUCAUUUUACAGUACGACAGACGUAGAAGUGACCACGUCGCCACGGCAGUAAGUACCAGGUGUGUAGAUUUUAUACAUUGAUUGUGUAAAUGCAAGGAAAGAUAUGUGAAUAAUCUUAUUCAUAUUUGUUUUGUAGUAUAAUUGUAUAGGUCUUUUGAUGUAUGUGGACAUGUGGUAAAAACUCCAAAUGUAAUUGCACAUGACAGUUGAUUCGGCUUUGAUUCCUAUUAUCUUCAACUCAGCAAUCAGAUAUUACAUUUUCUUGAUCA